CUCUGUCAAAUAAGAAAAAUUUAAAUUUUAGCAAUCUACAACUUGUGAAGUUGAUGUUAUAGUUUUUUUUCUUUUUUUAAUCACUAUGCCUUGAGGCCACUUAUUUUUAUAAGUAGAUAGGGUUACCAAUAAUGCAAUAUAUUCUGCAUGUUCAACCUUUGCAAAUUAUGCCAUCCAGGGCAAUUGACUUGGUGAGCAAAAUCUUCACAGUCACCUGGGAAGCUGUAUUUAGAAAUAUGAUCAGUCUGACCAAGGUUACAGCACUUUUUUUUUCCCUUAGUAUUCAAUGCUGUUAUAUAUCAACUGUAAGUUUUAAAUAGCGUUGCAAUGUUAUUGGAGGUUUGUGUUUUCCAAUGCCUCUGAUUAAUCAAAUUUAAUUAAAAAUAAAAAUAAAGAUUGAUUUAUAGUACAGCAGGGAAUGUAUCAUCUUCUUGUUUGUUUAUCUUGGAAUGACAGAGUAAAGACAAAUCCCAAGGGGGAGAAAAAAGGAUAAAGAUGUUCGAAUAUUUUCAACAUGUAAAGAAUUGUAUUUAGAAUGGUCAAAAACUUACACAUAAUAAAAUAAUUCAUCACAGACUCUGGCAAGGAGACAUCUAGAAAUUGGAGAUAAAGAAUAUUUCUGAUAUAAGAGUGAAUGCAAAAGAAAAUUUAAGAAUUUUUUAAAAAAACUAAGUGGAAAUAAGACUCUGGAAAUUAGUGUUGUGUGCCUUCAUUUUUGGAUUUUUAUUAUUUUUAAAUUGUUCCUUCAGUCACCAUAGUUAUACAAUGAUUUCUGAAUAGUGUUUACCUUUGUGAUAGUUUCAUCUCCCUCUGUUGUCCAAACUGAUAAAAUCCAGAACUCUAGAAACAGCAAGGCACUCCCUUCCUCUGUUAUUUGUAAGCUGACAUGAAGUAGACAGACACCUUCUGAAGUUUUAUGCAUGCUGUGUUUUCUCUCCUUGCUGGAAUAAGAAAAGCUUUUUUUUUUUCUAAACUGGCAGCCUUUGAAGAAGUGACUCAGACAUCUUCAUGGCUUCUAAAGAUGCUCAGAACCAAAGAAGUCGAGGUCUGCCUGGUUUUCUUCCUGGAGCUCCAGACCCAGAUCAAAGUCUUCCUGCCUCAUCUAACAACCCAGGGAACCAAGUAUGGCCCGCGAGACUCCCUCCGCCAACCAGUUUCCUGCCAACAGUCAGUCUCCCUCCUGGUCUCGAAUAUUUAAGCCAGUUAGACCUGAUAAUUAUACACCAGCAGGUGGAGCUUCUUGGAAUGAUACUUGGCACUGAGACCUCCAACAAAUAUGAGAUUAAAAACAGCUUGGGACAAAGAAUUUACUUUGCAGUGGAGGAAAGCAUCUGCUUCAAUCGUACUUUCUGUUCCACGCUGCGAUCUUGCACCCUGAGGAUCACAGAUAACUCAGGUCAAGAGGUGAUUACAGUAAAUAGGCCCUUGAGGUGUAACAGCUGCUGGUGCCCUUGCUAUCUGCAAGAGUUAGAAAUCCAAGCCCCUCCGGGUACUAUAGUUGGUUAUGUUGCACAGAAGUGGCACCCCUUUCUGCCUAAAUUCACAAUCCAAAAUGCAAACAAAGAAGAUAUUUUGAAAAUUGUUGGUCCUUGUGCAACAUGUGGUUGUUUUGGCGAUGUGGAUUUUGAGGUGAAAACCAUUAAUGAAAAGCUUACAAUUGGGAAGAUUUCAAAGUAUUGGUCAGGAUUUGUAAAUAAUGUCUUCACAAAUGCUGACAACUUUGGAAUUCACGUUCCUGUGGAUUUAGAUGUGACAGUCAAAGCAGCAUUGAUUGGGGCUUGUUUUCUUUUUGAUUUUAUGUUCUUUGAACAUUCACUGGCUGGAUUAUAACAAGCAAGAUAAUGAAAACAAUAAAAUAUGCAGAACAUAUUUCAAAAUCCCUUGGGCUCUGGAUUUCAUUUCUGAAUGGUUUGGGUAUUUGCUUUUUUGUAACAAAAUGUUAAUUAUUGUAUUUAUUAAAACAUAAUUUAAUGAGGCA